ACUAGACAUAUGUCAUGUCUAUGGCUGAGACGGCCGCUGCAGCGCAGGCCCGUCCUGGAAAGGGCCGCCGCCCCAAGGCUGGGCGUGGCGGUGGGGGUGGUGGGGGUGGUUGGGGUGGAGGAGGUGGUGGAACCGGGUCGCCCGCUGGGGGUGCUGACGAGGGCCCUGGGCCUAGCACCACCGAGCAGCAGCAGGUCCCCUCGCUCGUCCAGCAGCCGCAGCAACCACUGCCGCAGCAGCAGCAGCAGCCACUGCCGCAGCAGCAGCAGCAGCAGCAGCCGCAGCAUCAGCAGCAGCGGCAGCGGCGGCUUCUUGCCUAGACUACUAGGACUAGAUUCCUGUUCGCCUCAUUGCCUGCCCUAGAAACACAGAAAUUUUCUGUUUAACGUUAACAAAAUAUCGACCACUCACGCCGCCUUUCUGCAGCAUCAGUCGUCCCACCAAGCCGCAUCGCGCAGUGUUUUUCGAAUUAUAAGACUGGCCUUCCAUCUCCCGAUGUGGAGGUGCGCUCUCAUGGGACGCCCCAUCAGCAUAAGUCUCGGCGCACUGUUCGUGCUGACGUGUCUCGCCGCCGUUUCCCCCGUCCGCUGUGUGCCCGACGCCGCCUCCCAAAGUGCGUUUCUUCCAGGGCGAAUUCUCGAUCUCUGGGAAAAAUUCACUGGUUGCGAGCGCAAAUGAAUGCUGAGUUUCAGGGUGACACGAAGGAAUCAAGGCGUUCGCCCACCUCGAACCCCUAGGCGGCCCUAGUAGGUUUCUCACUCGAUG